AUGAUGACGCUCGAUGAUUUGCGUCUCCCGAUACUGGAUCAGCUCACUGUUCCAGUCUUCUACAACGUGUCCGAUGAGCAGGUACCGUAUACCGUCAACGAUUUGCUCGCUCCAUUCGAUCUGGACGACUUCGGCAUCGAAGGCUGUGAAAUAAACAGUCUGCUCUAUCCACUGAAGACAUCCUCACAGGUGCACCUAUUACCCAGCAUCGAACUCCUGCAAGAACAUUGGACGCCAUUCGAUGACAGCCUCGAAGAAGGUACGGCAGUGCACUUUGUCAUCAUUGACAGAUUUCUUUUCCAGUUUUUCUUGGAUCGGGCUGCACAAUUUCACAAUACAAUUCAUCUCGGAGGUCAUCCAGGUCAGCGUUUUUCGCACCAGACCCGACUGGAAGUACACCUCAUGCCAUCCACCGAAUCCAUCGAGAUGAUCAGCCGCAUCCAUGGAGAAUGUUGCCGACUUCGCACAGAAGUUGUGGGUUUGCGUAGCCAGAUCCAGCGCACUGAGCAGCGCCUGGGUUCCCUCAUUGAAACAUUGGGGGUCGCAUUCCCACAUCUGGCUGCGGAUUUGGGGCUCACCCUUCAAAUGAGUGAUCUGGAACCGACACCAGGAGGUGUGUAA